CUUUACAUAGUUCACCAAAUACGGUGCAGGGAAAAUGGAAAGCAGGUGAUGCUUUAGAAAAUAUUGUCAACUACAUUAGUUGUAUCUAGAAUUUUCUAAAAUUGGUUGUGACUAGUAGGCUUGAGUCCUUCUUACACAGAAGGGCGCGUGAGGUGCCCACAUGGAUGAUCCUGGAGGAAUAUUUUACCGCAGGAGCGAUUUUCAAGUGAUCAGUCCCACAGUAUGAAGGGUACAGCUCUCAGACUGCGAUCUCUUAGUUUCAAAGUCAUCCUUAUGGUGCUCAAAUUUAAGCAGGCUUCAUAUUAGCAGUCAUUAUGGUUAUAAAUGACUUAAGCAACUGCAAAAAAAAAAAAAACAAAAACAAAAACAAAAAACAAACAGCAAACCAAACAUGCGUUCAGCUUAUAUAAUAUAUCUUUUAGACUUUGUCUGAAGACAAGUAAAUAUUUCUAAAACACUGACAGGGGAAAAUCUCAUAAUAUUUAUUAAUCUUCUACUUGAUGUCUUCUGUUAUCAGCCUACAUUUUAUGAAGUUUAAUUUUGUUCUCCAGACUUGGUGAUAAUAAUAAUAAAGAGGAAAUGCAAUUCCUUUUCUCAUUAAACUCUUCCAGGAUUCAGUAGAUGAGAAACAGUUACUUUAUGGAGAGCUGACAAUUCCCACUGUUCCCACAAUUCCCAUCGAGUAUGACUCUACAGGUUGUGCAUUUCCAACUAAAAUGGUACAUUUACAUGCAUUUUUUUUUUAAGAUACUCACAAAUGCAUUUGAGAUUUAUUUCUUAACUAGGGUUGGUGGUGCUUUUGGAGCUAUUUAAAAAUGGUGAUCUUCACAGAGGUGAUGGGACUCUCAGUGACUAACUACAUGCCUUCAUGUGUUCCUGCACUGUAAAGCAGUUAGAUUUCUAAGCUUCCCUUCUGCUGAAUUUAGUAGUGGCAGUUGCAACUCAGAGCUCUCAAACAGCUCUUUGAAAUUGUCUCAUCAACUUUAUGUGCAGUGGCAAUCAAAAAACCCCCACAAAACAUUGUAUGUUAUGGGGAAGAAUAUUGAGAACGAGAUAGAGGUAAUUGGCUGCUAUUUAAAAUGCUGGUGCAGACUCAGAUUGAUUACUGCAUCAAUUCUUGUCUUCACUGCUCAAGAAGGAUGCAGAGGAGUUAGGGAAGGCACCGGGGAGAGACGGCGCUGCAGCCUGACAGCGAGAGCAGUAACGGCCAGGAAGGUUUGAUAUGGAGAGAGAAGGCAGGGGAGAGGAUUGAUCAAGAUUUACAAAAUCGUGAAAGAUGUGAAAUUGUCAUUGGCCAGAUCCCAUGGUAUGAGAAUGAGGAGGCACCUCAUGAAAACAGUGAAUGAUCAUUUUUGAGACAUGUAAAGAAAAUGCUUUUCUGCAAAGCAGAUUGCAAAUUUCUAGAAGGUAUUGCCACCAGAGGUUGGGGUCUUGGGCACUAUCCAUAGGUUCAAGGAGACGUCAUUCAUAUUGAUGGCAAACACAUCCAUAAGGGAAGGACAUGAGCAGAGCUGUGCCCUCCACCCUCCCCAGCACAAUGAGAUGCAGGGGAAGUACUGGGAAGUGACCACAGUAAGGAGCUCUUCCUCAAUAGUAUCUCCUUUACUAAUGUUGGAGUCAAAAUACUGGGCUACAUGCACUGCUGAUGCUAGGAGCACUCACUCUGUAGGACAUUUACCUUAAUUUCUGUGUAAUUAUUUCACUACAGAAAUGGUGUGAAACCUAUAGUUGACAGUUUUGAAUAAAUGAAGCGCACACCCUGCAAACACGUAAGAUUAUUCAUAACUUUGUAGCCUUGUGUAAGCCUUUGUAAAGUCAGGGCCCGAGGCUCUUUUACUAAUACUAGGAGUCAAUUAUCCUAUAAUUACAUGGAUUUUACAUUUGACGUGUGACCUGCUUGCUCAGAACAAUUUAACCUGUAAUAUGUACAUUGGUUUAGUGAAGUAAUGGGAGAUGAGUAAUGGGAAAUCCACGUGGACUAAAUAUUUUUCUUCCUUAAAAAAGCAAGCAAGCAACAACAGAAUCCCAAAACACCACCCUCAGUAUGGCAUGCAGAGUGUUGUCAGCAGAAUACUUGAAUAACUUGUUUGAAACAGUGUAGCUGACUACUGUCUGCCAUAUUUUUCCCACAAAGUCUAACCUUACUCCAUCUACUUUCUUGAGACUCUCCAAAGAUACCUACUUGGUCUUGCCAACUCCAAGGACAAAGAUUACUUCAAAGUAAUUAUGUCUUAGAUAGUAAAUUGCUAUAAAAUUAAUGUACAAAUCUGCCUUUUUGUUUGAAGCUUUGCAGAUCAUGUUUUCAAACAAAUCUUUGUAAUUGCAGGAAGUCUUGUGACUUUCCUAGAAUGUAAACACACAUCACUGCAAAGCACUGUUUUUUUUUUCCAAAGCAAAAGCUUCUUUUCUUGGUGUUCUCAAAUACAGAUCAUCAACAGCCUGUUACAUACUUUGAGAUCGGCGUGCUGGGUGAAGAGUGCGGUGGUGACAGUGCUCAUGAGCUAUGGGACAGUCACACAGGGGUGUCAAAGCGGGCUCACAGUCUCUUGAUAAAAGACCUCCUGAGAGGCAGUGGGAAGCCUCACCCCUGAGCAGCAGAUGCCUGUGUUGAGGGCCUGUUUGGUACGAGAGCAGCGUGACAGCAUUCAAAAGCUGGGUGAAGGUGGAUUGGGAGGAACUUGGGCAGACUUGGUAAUGUUAGAAGAAAGGGCAGAGAGGGGAGUGUUCACAAGGCAGGGGGUGGGUGGUGGUGCAGUGGCACAGCACAGGACGCAGUCCCCAGCACUGAGCCCCCAGCCCCUGGCUCAGCAGAGGCCGCUGCUCAGACAGAGCUUUGCAGGCAUGGUGGUUUGACCCCGCCAGCUGUGAGCUCACUGCUCCAUGGGGGGAGAACCAGAAGAGCAAAAGCAAGAGAAUUUGUGGGUCAAGGCAAUGAUGGUUUAGUCAGUGAAGGAAAAAGGAACAAAAGAAACAUACGAAAACAAUCACCACCUCCUGCAAGCAGACCACUGAUGCCCAGCCAGUUUCUAAGCAGUGGCUGCUUUGGAAUGACUACAGUCCCAGUUCUUAUUGCUGAGCAUGACAAUAUGUGCUAUGAAAUAUCUCUCUGGUCAGUUGGAGUCAGCUGUCCUACCUCUUCCCCACCUCCACCCUGCUUGCUGAGGGGGAGCAGAGCGAGACACUGAGAAGGCCUUGACAGUGUGCAAACACUGCUCAGCAGUAGCUAAAACAUUGGUGUGUUAUUAACACUGGCUAUAAAUACUAAGCAAAGCAUUGUACAGGAUGCUGUGAGGAAUCUCCUUCCCAGCCAGACCUAGAAUGGGGGCUGCAGUUUCGGCGGCCCUGGGGCGGCAGGGAUCACCCUGCAGAAGUGGUGCCCUUGCUUGCUGGAUGCAUGAAGUGUUGAGGAGUCAUUGUCAUUGAGGAGUCAUCUAAGCAACUUGAGGAGAAGACUGCAGUACCAGGGAAGGUGAAAAAGAGUUUGAUAGGGUCUUCCCAGAGACCCUGCAGAAGUGAGAUCCCAAACUGCACAGAAGCAGAGGCAGCUAGAGACUGGUUGGGUGUAGUGAAAUGGAGGGUUUCCUAUGAUGGGGAAGGCUGUAAGCUUGCGACUUCUAGCAACAGAAGAACAGCUCCUUCUCCAUCUGUAGAUCUGCAACUGGAAUAGAGGCUCCAUGCCCUGGUAGCACAUAAUGGGGAAAAAGGAUAAUCUGGGGAAGCGCCACAGCUGGCCAGGCCUGAAUGACACAUCAGCACCACCAGGAGAAAGCAGUGGGUGAGACCAGUGGGCAAUUCCCUCCUGCUGUGAGGGACAGAGGACCCCAUCUGCCACUCUGACUUGCCUGUCUGGGGUUUUUGCUUGCUGGGGGCUUGGAUCCAACACGUUGCAAGGACAGUGCUGAGGCCUGCCUGUCCCCCAACCUACUAGCCCCAGCUAUUUAUCCACAUGAGCACCAGUGAUCCUGCCCUCUCUGAGAAGCAGUAUCUUGGAUAUGUGGACCUCUUGUAUAGGCUGGAUCAAAGCUUGUACAUCAGUAUCAGAAGAAAAGCCAGUGAGGGUGACAUCUUGGUGGGAGUAUGUUAUAGACCACCUGGUCAGGGUAAGGAAGAGGAUGAAGUCUUUUGAUACAACCCAAGGAAGUCUCUGUGUCACAAAGCCUGGCUAUCAUGAGGGACUGCUGCUUCUGGGAAGGAUGAACCCUGGGCUCCAGUAGAGACCAGGAGUGCCCCGCCAGGGAGCAGCUCUGAGGUCCUGGUGGGCAGCAAGCUGAGCUGGCCCUGGCAGCAACGAGGGCCAACAGCAUCCUGGAGAUGAAGGAGACCGAUUCUCCCUCAUCGCUUGGCACUCAACAGACCACACCUAGGAGAUAGUGCCCAGUCUUCUCCCCUUGCCGGGAAGGUGUCUGUAAACAGGACCAAGGUGGUUGGAUGACACCAGGACGGUUGGGGCUGGAGCACUGUGAGGCGAGAUGGCUUCGGGGAGGUGCCUGUGGGGAGGGUGCCUAUGAGGCCCCUCACAGCACAGGUGUGGUGGAAGGCCAAGAGACGACAGGCAGACGUUGGCACUCAGGAGCUUCACCGUGGGCACCAGAAAAGCCCGUGAGGCCAGCCCUGCCCCGGGGCGGCUGUGCCCGGGCAGAUUAAGAGGAUUUAGACCUCGGUGCUCCGGGACGCAGCGGGCCCGACCCCACACGGCGGCGGCGCGGCGGGCGCCUUCCCACCGCCGAGCCGCAGGGGGGCGCUGUGGCGGGAGAGGCGCCCGCCGCCAGAGCGGCGGCGCCGUUCCCCUUGUCAGCAUGGCGGGCGGGUUUCUGCUGGAGAUCAGGCGGGGGACGCAGAGCGCGUUGCUGGUGAUCCGCGAGGCGGACCUCCCGAGCUGGCCGGUGGACGUGGCGGUGGGCGCGGACCGGCUGGAGGUGAGGAGCAGCGGGAGCGGCGCGGCAGCGGCGGAGCUGCCGGCGGGGGUCAGGCUGGCCCCGGCCUCCUGUCGCGGCCUGCGCCGCCUCCCCGGCGAGGGCCUGCACCUGCGCAUGCGCGUGCGCCGCCCGCCGCCGCCGCCGCCCAGCCACGAUUUGAUUUUUACUUUGAGGGAAAGCCUGACACCCCAGAAGAAUUACAUCUUUUACUGUCAAUCCUGUGGUGACAUCAUAGUAAAAGACCGGAAAUUUCUCAGAAUUCUUCCUCUACCAAGUGAAAACUGGAGUGCUUUAGUUGAAGAGUGGUGUUGUCACCCUAACCCCUUUGCCAGAAGCACUUUGCACCCUCAGUAUGAUGACUGUUUUCUUGGAGACACUUUUUUUCUGUUGAAUUCAGGAAAUGAAUCACAUGUGCCUGAGUCUCCCAUGUGCUGCUCAGAAACUGGACACCGUGCUUCUCAGAGUGGCCCCAACUUGAAAUCAAAGGAAAAUACCAAAGUAAUUUGUAAGCGCUGCAGGACAAUGCUGGGAGAAACAGUAUCAUCAGAUACCAUUAAAUAUUAUGUCACUGAGGUAAUAAUUCGACCAUCUGAGGAAAGUUUCAGCCCAACACCAAGGUCUCAAUUCGUACAGGGCAUGGUUGCUCAGUGUCUUGUGGAAUUGUCCUCUGCUAAAAGCACAUUUAGAUUCACUGUGAAAGGGAAUAAUGGAAAAAUCUAUAUUCUGAUAUGGCUUCUAAAUUCUGACACAUUGCUGGUGGAGUCUUCAGGAAGUUCCUCCUCCCGUAGUGUUUUUACUCAGUUUGGAGAUAUUUUCAUGCCUACCUCUGGACCUGUGGGGACCUGGAAUGCUCUGAAAGUCCUUUACCAGCCAUGCAUUAAAAGCAGGAAUAAGGAUGAUGGAACCACUUAAAUAGUGGUUUGGUUUUGUUGUUUUUCCUUUAAACUCUGGGAAACUAGAUGAAAGAUUUAAAGAAGUAUGGAUGUAUUUAAAAUUUAGAAGAUGUUCCCUCCAGGCUCGGUCAGUACACAGCUAAUUUAUAGCCCAAGACCUCAUAAAAGUACUACAAAAAUGUUAUCUCACACAAACAUGUGCAUAUGGAUUUAAGUAUUUUCACAGGAGAAUUAUACACCUUACAAGGAUGUGUGAUUUGUCAUAGUGUUUAUCCUAAAGUUGCCAAGCAUAUCCUUUUAAUUUUUCAAACAGAUGCAGUAUUGAAUAGGUGAAAUAAACGCCAACGUAGGGAAAGAAUGCAAUAUUCUAAUAUUUAGAGAAAACGUCAUACUACAUUAUUAAUGUUAUUCAUGUAAGAGAAAAAAUUACCUUUAUUAAUGUAGUAGUUUCAGAAGUUGCCAUUGGAAAACCUCUGUGAUCUAAAUGUUAUUUAUUGAUCCAAAGUACAACUUAAAGUAUUAUCAUUUAAACUGUUUAUUCUUAGAAUGGGAAACACUGCAAGAACCACUACCUGCUCUAAAAUGAAAGGUAUUUCACUUACCAUUCUUGUCUUACAGAAGUGUAACUUACAGUUUUGCUUUUCAAGUUUCAGUUCUUUAUCACUGAGAAGAUUUAAUUACCUUAACACACAUUCAGUUACUUUGACAAGUUAUUGAGAUAAAAGUCAUAUCUACUUAGUCACUUACCUAGCAUUCAUAAAUGCUUUUCUUGAAUGGAGUUCUCAGCAGCAGAAUUUUACUGUGAGAUUGUAUUCAGUUCUUUCCAUUUUACCAGACAAACAUUACAAAACACUUGUUUCUGAAGAUUACUUUGUAUUUAUCUUUGGGAUUUUGCAGUAAGCAGAAGGCAUAGCUGAGGUUUUAAUUCUCCUCUGACAGUAAUUGCCAUCUUCCCUGUCCGGUCCUGGACAAAUGCGAAAACAGAAGAGAAAAACCAGAGGGUUCUUUUUAAGGUUAAGAAACCAAAGUAACUAUUGGGUUAGUGUUGUUUUCUCAUUUUUAUAUUUCUAGUAAAGAACAGUAAAAAGGACAUUAGCAUUUUAGUCUGUUUUCACUAACUCAUUUAUCAGUUGGCUUGAAGUACUGCCUGGAUCUGUGCAAUAAGACUGAAGUCUUUCUGUAUUGAACAGGAAUGUAAACACAGCAGAAGCAAAAAUAUCAAAACCAGUACAGCUUACUUAAUGCAGUGUGUUUGCAUUUAAAUCUCAAGUAUGAUUUCAAGAAUUCUGAACAAAGUGUUUUGAUUCCUUCAAUAGUGCAAGUUCCAUGUGUUUUAGAUGCCUACAUUCUGAUAAUAAUUAGAAUACUUACCUUGCUUGUUUCUGCACACACAUCUGCCUUUGAAAUAAUGCAAAGGUUUCAGAGCCCAUGGUCCACUUCCCAUGAGUGAGUAGUAAGUAAGGAUAACUCCUAUGUGGGAAGCAGUCAGCAGGUCUGCUUGUGAGCUAGACCCCAACAGUUGCAAGGGAUAAGCGUGCAUCCUAAUAUCCUGUUGCGUGUCAGAGAGCCUCUUCAGCUGUUGUGAGUCACUGGUACAUUUGGGUCCUGUCUGAUUCCUGCAGUGCCAGAAUGCAAUCUGUGCAAUGGGAUGGGAAGCACCUUUCUUACCUGUGGACACCAGAAUCUGUGCUGGUUAGGUGGGCCUUAGGUUAAGACAGGUUAAGGUAAACUAGAAAUAAAAGCGUUUAUUUGUCAUAUCUAAAUAUAAUAGCAUAACCACACAUUGUAAAACAUGGCUGAAGAAACGAAGGAAAAACUGUACUUGGUCUACCUCCACAAGCUUAAAUUUACUUUGAGAUAAAUACAUGGGUUCAUGGUAGCAGUCAAGGUCUCGGGCUUUGUGAAAUUCUCCCCUGGCAAGCUGCCUCUGCUUAGAGGGAUCCUAACUGGGAUUGCGUAAUAAUUCACAUUGCAUUUUUGAAGUAGCCUUUAGGUUCAGAUUCCUUUGGAAUGCACUUGAAUAUGUCUCUUGUGUGGAGCAUAGUAGCUUUCAUGAGUGAUCUUGCUUUUCAAGACCUCUAGGAUGUCAGCAGAAAUGUACAGUCUCACUCCAAGACUUAUUUUAUAUUCCUUCUUUAUUCAGAGCACAGUUUUACAAUUCUUCAUAAUUAAUAUAAUGCUUAUUUCUCUUCCUUCCUCAGAUAUGGAAGUAUUUUUUCCCCUUAAAGUAGGAAUUAUGUCCUGUGAACACCAUGCUUCAGUGAGCAACAGAACUCUCUUUCUUUUUCUCCAGUAAAUCACU